AUGCAGCGCGCGGGGUCGGGGUUGCGUCCGAGCACAAGCCGGAGAGAUGUGUGCGGGAACCAUAACGCGACAUUCCCCCGUGGAGGCUUCUUUCAGGAUGGACACUCAUCUCUGGCGGCACGGGACUCCUUUCAGCGCAGCCUUCCCAGUCAAGCGCUCUUCUCAUCUCAGUUUAGCGCGCUUUCUGCUUUGCAUUGGAAUGAAACAGGGGUGAGUAAUUAUAUUUUAUGGAUGUAUGGCGGAAGAACAUGCCCCGUGGAUCUCGGUACCACGGCACGCAGUAAGCAAAUGCAAGAGUGCCGCUUCACACCUCUACGAUACGCAAACAAGGCAGUUUAA